AUGGAUUCAGAAGACGGGGAGUUGUUUGUCAAGCAACUCGCCAUCUAUGUGCGAACGCACGAAAAGGCGCUGGCCAACGCCUUACAGCUGAAGAGACAGCCAGGCCCCAGACAUGGCCCUAGCCAGAGCGUUUCUUCCAUACAGGUGUCUUCGCCACCCACCUCGCUCCCUGAACGCCCCUCGACCUCGUCGUCCGCUUCAGGCACUCUCGCCGCAGCACUAUCCCUCGGCAAUCUCAACUUUGCAUCCCAGAGUGUCAAGUCCGCCAAGCUCGCGUUGACCCCGCAUCAUCUGUUCUAUCUGCUGUCCCGGUUUGAAGAACUGGGUAUAGAUGUAGGGCCGAUGAAGGUGCGCUUGGAGAACCUACACGACACCUCUACCUCGGCCAACUACAUAUCAUUCCUGGAUCCAUCUCAACGUACCAAAAGCCGCGACUCCGAUGUGGGAUCGAUACGGUCUGUCUCCAGCAUACGCAGUGUAAUGUCAGGUAUGUCCACUUUGUGGGCUGGCUUUGGUAUUGGGUCGAGCAUAUCGGCUACCCGCAACGAGAAACAGAAGGCCGCUGCGCAGGCUGAUCUCAAGUACCUAUAUUCCUCCUUCACCAAGAUACCAUCCCUGCGACUGGCACCCGACUGGCGUGCCAAGUUGAUCCGUGGGUACGAAGAGUUUCCCUUCGAUUCUGCCGUACCUUUGUACGCCUUCAAGAAUCUUCAGGCACUGGAGAUCAGCAGCAUUGAUUUCCGACAAUUCUUUGGUUGGGAUCGUUUGGCCGAACAGCUACGUUCCCUUACCGUGAAACAUGCGAGUAUCGAUGAUCCCGCCGACAUCCUAAUCGAUAUUGUCCUAGAUGACAUGGACAAGAGGCGACGCCGUUCGUCCAAAGCGCAGUCGUCACCCACGGGGCCCCAUGCGCAUACCUCAAGUCCGAAGCCAAGCCCUACGGUUCCGCAUGCGGAACUCUAUCGGCCGACCUUGGUGCCAGCGGCUUCCGAUCGUCGCGCUACCAUCGCAGAUUUGCACGUUGUUGGCUCGAUGGGCAAUGAAUCCAACGAGAGCACAUCAGCGAGUUCCAGCCGCCGUCAAUCGCUAGCCAAAUUUGAGGCGGAAGUGGCAAGAUCUCCGGGCAAGUCGGGAAGGCCUAGAAGUAACUCUCCCGCUCGCCCUGCCAGUUCUCGCCACCAUUCUAUGAACCCCAGGGGCUCCCACAAGAUCAGACGCUCCGGCUCCGGCAGCUCACAUUCGAGUCUAUCCGACUCAUGGCACAACCCGAGAAAUAGUGUUUGCAACCUGUCUUCUGUGGGCAUCCUGCCUGCCUCGAAAUGGCGUUUCUUGAAGCACCUUAGCUUGGCAGACAAUGCAUUGACUGCGGUGCCAGCAGCCAGCUUGGCCCCGUUGGCCAACACUCUGAACUCGCUUGACCUCUCUGCGAACCUCUUCACUCAGAUUCCCGACAGCUUGGCCACCCUCACCGCUCUCCGGGCACUCAAUCUCUCCCAUUGCAUGAUUGACUCUCUGCAUUCUCUACUUCGCAACCCAUUGCCCGCCAUCAGUGCCCUUAACCUUCGUGCGAAUCGCCUCCAAUCCCUUGCUGGCAUCGAGAAGCUCUAUCCGCUGGAAAGGCUCGAUCUCCGCGAUAAUCGCUUGACGGAUCCCAUGGAGCUGGCUCGCCUCACUGGGAUUCCAGAUAUCCGGGAACUUUGGAUUGAGGACAAUCCUUUCACGCGAUCCCACCGGGAUUAUCGCAUCAAGAUCUUCAACCUGUUCCGCCAGACACCCGGUUAUACAGAAGACAUCAUCAUUGACGCCUCGGGGCCCACGUACUCAGAGAAAAAAUAUCUUGUGGAACGCGUCGCAGUACCUGCUGCCGUGCCUGUGGUGAAGCCCACCGCCCCCGAAAUACAUGCUGUGGAAGUGAGGAAGCCAACCAUAAUCUGCGACGAACCCUCCAAGCAACCUGCCGUCUUGUAUAAGGAGCGUCGUGUCCGCCCAACACCGAAAGCGGUGGCUAGCGAAGUGAACACGGCUUCCACCCGGCGCCGUCGCACACCCAAGCGCCGAAUUGUCGAUCUUGCUACGAACGAUCUCGCAACUAUGGCUCCUCCGCAACCAAUCAGUGUUGAAGAAGUAGCUGCCGGUGUCGCUGCCGCGUCGGGUGGCUUCGAUGGAGAUUAUCGUAUUUCACAACCUGCUGAGAGGCAGGAAUUAUCUCCCCUCACGGAAACCAGGUCACCUGAUGCGCUGAGCCCUACCGAACUUCCACGCACGGGUACCCGGGUCCACAGCGUGUUUUCGCAGACUCCAGCUGUCUUUCCAGUCCAGGAGGCUCCGGGUUGGAAGGAUGUUAAUUUCGACAUCAGCGGCGAGAUAUACCGGCAGAAGAUCGAAGCACUGCGCGAUACAGUCGGCAAUGGUUAUCUCAGCGUGCUUAACGAGGAGGGUUGGGACUCGACCCGUCCGGCCUUCCCCACCGAAUUCAGCUCUGCCUCUCCUCUCCGAUCAAGUCCUGCUACGCCCCGUACCCCCAGUAUCGGGCAAGCCAUUCAUGCUGGGCGGACUCUAGGCUAG